AUGAGCCACUUUGUCGGUAACUGUGGGGAUGUGAUUGGAAACACUAUGGUAGAUCUUCCAUGGCUCACUCAGCUGCUAAAACAACCAAGAUACUCGAGAGAAGAUAUGGAACGAGAGCCUGGCAACAUUGAGAGACAAGCAGCUCUUGAAGACGAUUCUCUCAAAUUUUGUAGCCAAGAAAUUGAUUUGCCGGCAACUACCUCAGACUCCAGACAAUACACGCAAACCAAUUGUCCCGUCCAUAACCGACCAUUUCUGGAACCUUCUCGCCCAAAGAUUCCUCCUGGCGUACACCCCUCUCAACGGCUCGAAUACACUCCAUCCUACGAGCUUCCAGUGGGGAUGUCAGGAGGCUGCAGAGUUGGAACUUCUUCCUUCGCCGGAUGCAUUUGCGCAUACAAUCCAGAUAUAUUGAACGAAGAGAUCAUCCGCGAGAUGGAAGUAAUCAUCCAGGAAGCAAAACAAGAAGGAGAAAAACAGGAAAAGGAAAAGUCCACCUAG